GCGGCGGGAAGGGCGCGGAGCGGACGGCCGCGACUGCGAUCCACAGCCAGGGGACCGGGACCGGCCAGCGUGGGCUCGUGAAAGGCUGUCCUGCCUGAGCAACCUCGUCUCCUUUGCGAGCAGGGGACGGGACAGGCUGUGGAGUAGUCUGUAUGGACUUAAGCGAAGCCCUGGAUUGCCUCCCACAGCGUUCUCCUGCAGAAGCUUGGACGAGUGCGCUCUUCGCUGGGUAGAAAACUGGCUGGGGGGCCGGGUCCCGAGAGUGGUGUUGAAUGGGGUUACACCUGGGUGGGAGCCAGUCGCAAGUGGUGCUCCUCAGGCAUCAGUACUGGAUCUGGAACUGUUCAGUAUCUUUACUGAUGAUUUGGAUGGGGGAAUUGAGCGCACUCCCGCUGUGUUUGCCGACAACAGCAAGCUGGGAGGAAGUGUGCAUCUGCCUGGGGGUAGGAAGCCCUACAGAGGGAUCAGGACUGGCUGGAUUGCUGGGCUGAGGCCAACUGGAUGAGCUUCGGCAAGAUCAAGUGCUGAGUCCUGCAUUUCGGUCACAAAAAUCCUAAACGUCACUGCGGUUUUGGAGCAAUGUGGCUGCAGAGGAAAAAAUUUUGGUGUGUCAAUUGACAGCCAGCUGAACACAUCUAUGAUUCUAAGUUAUUACUUGUUUGCCACUGCCAGGGACUUCAAUUCAGCUGGUAAUAGCAGAAGUAAAAACAUUUCUUAGUAAAUAAGUAAUUUUAAAAAGCGCUCUGAAGUUGAACUUCAGUCUCAACUUUGCAGGAACAGCAAACAAAUGUAGCAUGCUUGUUAGCUGGUCAUGUCAGUGGGACACAGAAACCAGCUGUGCAUUAACACUGCAGCUAUGGGUCCCUCACAGAAGCAUUGUAGAGAAGGAUUUAUUAAUCUGGAGGGCUCAGACCUCUAAAAUGUAACUAUUGCUAUUGUGGGAAUCAAAUGGUGUUUCUGCAUUACAAUAAGAUAAGAAUUUUUUAUUUCAUGGCCUCCGCUGCCAUAGUUCUUUCUGGGAGUCUUCUUUACUUGGAGGGGGUCUCUGAUAGUUUGCAUCACUUAUCCUCUAGAUGAACCUUCCCCAGGAAUGCACGCUCAGUAUAUAUGUAAUAUUUUGUCAUACACAAUGCAAGAAUAUCCUGCACGAGGUUGAUCACAUCUGAGAACAAGUGGUGAGAUGCCCAGGGAAGCGCCUGAAGAGACACUAACAAGGCACCCUCCUCUCCCCCCGGUGCUCUUUGUUUAAGGAAGACUUUGAAGAAAAUCACCAUAUCAAUGCGACGGGAAGAGCACUGAGACAUCUUGGAAACAACAGGAUGGCUGCUGGCUGACACCAGUUACAUCCUGUUUUGUUCUCCAUAUCCUGACGCAAAUACCACGGCCGUUCUGGUUCCACAGAUUUCUGCAAGUUUUACAGAACACCUGAUGCUGACUUACGGAACAGACUCCAUAACCACGAGAUGCCACUUCCACCUGGAUGACCAGAUAUUUUUGUUGAGAGUCUCCUACAGGUGCUCUCUCUUCACACUGCUUACAUGACUUAUGGAUUCUAGCCCAAUUAAAAAUGUUGUAUGUUGAUUGAGGCUUCUUUGAACUACACAGGGCAGUGACACUUGAGUUAAGACUGUUGAGAAAUAAAGGAAGGUCACCCAUCCAGGCCUCUGUCAUUUCGCCAUGAGCCUUAGUGGAACUCUUUAGACAGCUAACAAAUCAGUCCAAGCAAACACAUCGGCAGUCACCAAGGAGUUACAGUGCUAUGUCCUACCAGGAAAUUUUAGAUGUUUGCUGGCAGCCAAUGAAAGGCGAGAUAACAAUGCUGCUGACUCAUGAACAGGAAAGCUCCAACUGCAUUCGUAGCAGGCUCACAUCUGCAGCAGUAUCACUACAACACUGGUCGUCUUUAUGCUGGUAUUUCUAAAGGGAAUGGAAGUUGCUGCUUCAGGAUACAGCAAAUAUCAGAUGCUGUAAGUCUGAACAUCUCCUGCCUUCUCUUGGGAUUUACCUCUACCAGGGACUUUGGGGGUGGUGAUUGAGGAUCAGUGGAUUUCUUCACUCACUCAUCCAUGAGCAUCAACUGUACCCAGAUCUUCCGUUUCUGUCACUCAUAAGGAUCCUGUCAGUUGUAGCUGAAGGGCUGCAUUACCUACACAGCCUCCAGCCUGCUGUCUGCUACUGCAGCCUGAAACCUUCCAACAUCUUUUUGGAUGCACAGUGCCGAGCCAAGUUUUGGUAUAUUGUGCUGGGAGAGCAUAGGCAGACAGAAACCCUUUGAAGGACAAACAGCCCCACUGGGAGCUUUGACAGGGAUCUGUAACAGCUUACAGCCUGCCAAUUCAGAGAAGUUUAUAUCAAGCAAUUUGCCCAGGAGGAACAGACUGCUCCACUUUGUUGCUGUGUGCUGUCAUCAAGAACGAGAUUACAGGCCACGUGCUGCAGAAAGUGCGGACCUUCUAAAUGGGGUUUUGAUGAUUAUAAGUAAGAAGGAAAUUUCCACCGCAGUCUACAAUCUGAUGCAUGCAAAGGAGACAGCAAUUAAUGCAUGCAGAGGUUCAGAAGUAUACACUUUGCAGACAGGCCUACAGAACUCAGAGGUCAUCUGUCAACAAAAACUCACCCAAGUAAUGAGCAAGAAAGUCCCUCCUGUAGUACCAAGUUCGUCACGUGUUCUACUUGGUAGCAGUACAAAUAUUGCAGGAAGCGAAAAUAUUCUUGAGGCUGAUCUGACAGGUCCUAUCACACAGCACUCAACAAAGAAAGGCCCUUGCUGCAAAGGAAAUUGCAGUCAAAUACUGGCCAGCCACAGAGGAAUUAUCCUGAGCUGCAUGACAGAAGGACGCCUCAACCACAUCCUUGACACCCUUCGCUCACAGCAAAUGCUGUCCCGAACAGAUUAUGAAACAAUAAUCUCUUACCCCACAGUGACCAGCCGUGCUCGGGCACUGCUAGAUAUUUGCCUCUGCCUUGGAGAGAAGGCAGCAAAGGUUGUAGUGACAGUUCUAACAGUGAACAAACGCAGUCCUCUGGCACGAGGCAGUCGUUGCAUAGGCUGUCCUGAGACAAACAGGCUGCUGCUGUGACAUAAUUUUGAGGUUUGCUACAUGGAUCAGAGCAUUGGUAAUUUGGAGUGGCAGUGAUUCACAUUCACUCCUCAUAAACCAUUGAAAUCCGUUCUUCUUCUGGCCAAUGAUUGCAAUCCACUUACGGAAAAAUAAAAAACCUACCUGGAUGAAAAGAUCACAUCAACCCAUUGCCUGCAGAAAUUGCCAAGACUGGUAUAACAAAUUCUGAUUAAGUCAAAUGUCACCAAAUUUCCUUGAUUUUGGAAGUCAGAAAAAUGGACUGUGAGAUUUUGGAGAUCACACUACGGAAGAACAACAGUUAUUAAGGACAGUGUACUGUAUGAGGAGAAAAAAGAUACUGCCUUUCACCAAACUCAGUACUGAACAAGCUGUCACAGUGAGAGACUUCAGAGAAUUAAGAAACAUUUAUUAAUUCUUAAUAUGAGUCUUGGAAAUUUUACAUUAUGCACAUGAAUUAUUUUUAUCCGCAAAUGGUCGUGUUAUGAAAAUAUGGUGCUGAUAACAGCAUUUUGGAGAGGUGGGCUUAAAGUAUUGGUAAAAAGAAAAGCUCUGCUACCUUACAUUCAUGUUGUUCUCUGAGUGUGUCUGCAGUUCAAAUGUAAAAUUAAAGGAUGAAGAGGACGUGCCAAGCUGAUCAUUUUUGAAAUGAUGGUUCUGCAGAACUGUAAAGGCAAGAGUAUCAACAUUGUAAUGAAAAUGAGAUUAUAAAAGUGCUGUUUUUUGAGUGGAUUCCUUCAAGCUGCAAGGCACUUGAUUAACAUGAGCAAACUUGUUCUAUUUCAGGUACUGAACUAUGCCAUUCCAUUUCUCUGCAUUGCAUUUGUUCUCUGCAGUUUCAAACUGCCCAUCCAGUUCAGUAGUUUGACAGACUGUAAAACUGAAUAACAAUGUGUUUUCUAGGCACAGGUGAUAAAAUAGAUUUAUUUUGUGUACUACAGCACUACUGGAACUGUAAACUUUAGCUAUAAAAUAUUUUUAUAUACAUUCAUUAAACUUUAAGAUUUUCUUGAAAAAAUCUUCUAAUUAGAGGAAAGCAGAAAACCAUUCAUUUGUAGGAAUUAUUUAUAGACUUUUAAGAGGGAAGCUAGCAAUAUUACUGAAGCCUAAUUAUCAAUUUUUGGUAAUUAUUCCAUUUGGUUCUUCUGCAAGACAUGUGUAUCACUCUGACAGAUGUGCCAGCUGGUGGACUAUGUUAAUUUGUGCCUUUUUUUUGUUUGUUUGUUUAAUUUAUGUAGGAACAGUUUUGUAUCUCGCUCUUCUUGAAAUAGCUUUUUAUUUGAGAAUUUCAGUUGAAGCCAAACAAUACCAGUUUUUUUUUUUACAAGUGUCAUGAAAUAGGUGGGAGCAGAAGUUACCUGGUUUUGGAUGGAUUUUAUUCUCAUAUUUGGCUUUCCAGUUUAAGUAUAGAGGAUGUCAGAGUUACUGAUCCAUUGCCAUUGUGUUUAUCCAGAUUUUUGUCAAGAUAAUCCUAGUAAAUAAUUUGUAACCAAUUACAGAACUAAGGAAAAUCUAUUAAUUCAUGUUCAAAUGAGCCCAAAUGGAAUUCUUUAAGCAUGUUGAUUUUUUUUGUCAUGUAUUCAACUAAAAUCACUGCAUGAGUUUUA